UUGGCAUCAGGCUUCUGACUAUCCUCCUGCUGAUCUCAUACCAGUCCUCACCCUAUGUCUAACUCUCAAAUCUGACAACCAAGCCCCACUGUGGCUGCUGUAACAGCCUUGGUGCCCCAGAGCAGAGUUGCACAUUAAUGGGUGGUCGAUUAUCCAUUCUCCAGGGGCAGUGACCCACAGGUGCAAUCAUACAUACUCAGCACUCUUUCCAUCCUUUCACUGAUUGUGCCUUUCUGCAGGAUGUCCUUGGAGAAAUGGAAUCUGCACUCUAGGGGGGGAAGCAGCCCCCACCAGGGAAUAGGAUAUGUGAUGCCAGUGAGGGGCUGCACCUGCUCAGCCAAGUAGAGGGAGGCAGGAAGGGGCAGCGUCUGCCUGGGCGGUGCGAGGCAAGGCGCCUGAGGUGGAGUUGCAAGAAGUCUCAGCUGGUGGCAGCUCCAGGGGGCAGAUGAGCAUUCAAAAGCAGUUCUGAUGGUUGUGGUCUGCAGAAGCCCUCACACCCCUGGUGCCAUGAGGAUGCUACGUGGAGGGCUGCGGUGGCCGAGGGGCAUCCCGACACUGCCCAGGCUGUUCCGCCGCAGCCAGAAGGCCUUUGCCACUCUGAACUGCUCCGGUUACGAAGCCAUUGGCCGAUGUCAGCAGGAGGUGCCUGAGCACUUCAAUUUUGCCAGCGAGGUGCUGGACCAGUGGGCUCAGAUAGAAAAGGAACGGCAGGGGCCAUCGAACCCAGCCCUCUGGUGGAUAAAUGGGAAAGGAGAUGAAAUUCAGUGGAGCUUUGAAGAGCUGAGCUUCCUGUCACGCAAAGUGGCCAAUGUGCUCUCGGGGCCGUGCAGCCUGCAGCGAGGAGACCGAGUCCUGGUGAUCCUGCCCCGAGUUCCCGAGUGGUGGCUGCUGAACCUGGCGUGCAUGCGGACAGGUGUCACCAUCAUCCCGGGGACAGUGCAGCUGACAGCACCAGACAUUGCCUACAGGCUGGCAGCUUCCAGGGCCAAGUGCAUUGUCACCACCGAUGUGCUGGCUCCUGCCGUGGACUCGCUCGUGCCCAAGUGCCAGUUUCUGAAAACAAAGCUGAUUGUGUCUGGCAGCAGCAGGGCUGAGUGGCUCAACUUCAGUGACUUGCUCAAGGCUGCCCCUUCUGCCCAUAGCUGUGUGAAGACAAAAGCCCAGGAUCCAAUGGCAAUCUAUUUUACCAGUGGUGCCACAGGCUCUCCCAAAAUGGUUGAACACUCCCAUGGAAGCAUUGGCCUGGGUUCUUUUCUCUGUGGAAGAUACUGGAUGGAUCUGACUGCCUCAGACAUCAUGUGGAACCUGUCGGACACUGCCUGGGUGAAGGCAGCGUUCGGGAGCGUGUUCGGACCCUGGUUCCAGGGCACCUGUGUUUUUGUACAUGCCAUGCCACACUUUGAUUCAGGAGCAGCUUUAGAGACCCUGUGCAGGUAUCCAGUGACCACUCUGUGCGGGUCCCCAACUGCCUACCGCAUGCUGGUACAGCACGACCUCACCAGGUAUGCAUUCAAGGCACUGAAGCACUGCCUGACUGCAGGGGAGCCACUCAACCCAGAAGUGCUGGCGCAGUGGGAAAGCCAGACAGGCCUGACCAUCUAUGAAGGCUACGGCCAAACCGAAACUGGAUUUAUAUGUGCAAAUAUGAAAGGAAUGAAGAUCAAGCCAGGCUCCCUGGGAAAGGCAGCUCCCAACUACGAUGUUCAGAUUGUGGAUGAAACUGGCAGUGUUCUGCCUCCUGGGACAGAAGGGGACAUUGCUAUCAAAGUGGAUGCCAAGAGGCCAUUUACUUUUUUCACCCAAUACCUGGAUGAUCCAGUGAAAACCGCUUCCACAGUCCGUGGCAACUUCUACAUCACUGGAGACAGAGGGAGCAUGGAUGAGGAUGGAUACAUCUGGUUCAUGGGGAGGAGUGAUGACGUCAUCAUCUCCUCUGGCUACCGCAUCGGGCCCUUUGAAAUCGAGAGUGCCCUGAUCGAGCACCCUGCGGUCCUGGAGGCAGCCGCGGUCAGCAGCCCAGACGCCACCCGAGGGGAGGUGGUAAAAGCUUUUGUGGUCUUGUCUCAUUCCUUUAAGUCACAAGAUCCAGAGAAACUGGCCUCUGAAUUACAAGAGCAUGUCAAGAAGGUCACUGCUCCAUACAAGUACCCCAGAAAGAUUGAAUUUGUCCAGCAGCUGCCCAAGAAUAUUGCAGGGAAAAUCAGACGGAAUGAACUGAGGAAGAAGGAGUGGGGACACGUUUAGCUCUGGCCAGCAAACUGACAAACCUUUCCCUACCAGCUCCAUUCCUAACAGAGCUGUUCUAUUGCAGCUGUGAGCACCAGCACAGGCUCGCUUUCGCCUGUUAGGCAGUGAUUGUACAAUAACACACAAGGUGUAAGAACUCCAGCUUGGUCUUAAUUGCUUUUUCUCACUUCCCAACGAUGCAGGCUGCUUAGCAAGGCACAUGCACACACAUCCUUCCAGCCACCUCCUGCUUUGCAGCAUUACAGCACAAGCAGAAGUGAUGCCCAGGUGAAGCAGCACUGUGUCUCUUCUUUGAGACCAGCUAUCUUAGCUCACAAGAGGCUCAUUCAUGAGGAAAGCCUCAUGGCAUGCAAAGAAGUUCACAGAAUGGCCACAGAUCUUCCAUGCACCCAAAUGAAGCACCUUUUUUGUGUGAAUCUGGAAAGCCUCAAGAUUUAGGAAUCAAUGUCCACUAAGUGCAAACUAUGAACAAUCAGAAGUAAAGGGAAGCAAACAGCUUUAAGAGUGCAGCACAGACAGCAUCCAUGCGUCAGACAUAGGCUUGCAAACGGCUGCUCAGCAGCUCCCUCUGAAGAACUCUACAUCCUGCUGGCACACAGAGGAGAGAGAAGGAAGACAAUAAACCAGGGAAAUGCAAACUA